ACCAAUUCAUAUACCAAGAGGCAAAGGUACAUAAAAGCAAAAGAGAAACAAAGCACAAAUAAUAAAUGGAUACAAAGACACAGCCAGAAGCUGAUCGUGUCUAUGAAGACUUUGAACCAUAUAAUGAAUGGGAUAAAUAUGAUGGUCGUUUCACUGUUAUGCUACCAGGAUAUAGAAGGGAUCAAAUGAAGGUUCAAGUGACCUCAAAACCUGCCCUAAGGCUGAUAGGUGAAAGACCGACCUUCCAGAACAGAUGGCGCCGUUUUAAAUUAGAAUUUCCCAUUCCUUCUGAUUAUGACACGGACAGUGUGACUGCGACAUUUGAGGGUGGCAAGCUAACUGUCAAAUUUGCUAAACUUACUAAUCCUAAGGAAACAACAACAAAUCCACCAGAAGAAGCUCCAAGACCAAAGGAACCAUCGCAAAAGGUUAAUGAGCAAAAGGGUACACCAAAAGCUAAAGAAGAGAAAGUAGAAACAAAGGAAACAACAACAAAUCCACCAGAAGAAGCUCCAAGACCAAAGGAACCAUCGCAAAAGGGAACCCCAAAAGCUAAAGAAGAGAAAGCAGAAACAAAUGAAACAACAACAAAUCCACCAGAAGAAGCUCCAAGACCAAAGGAAUCACCACAAAAGGCUGAUGAGCAAAAGGGUGCUCAAGAGGGUACCCCAAAAGCUAUAGAAGAGAAAGCAGAAACAAAGACUAACGAUGUCUCUGAUCAAACGACACCACCAAAGGAGAAUGAUACAAUAACCGAAAAGAGAACAGAAGCUAGCAUAGACAAAGUGGCGGAGAAAGUGAGGACUAAUGGCUCAGCUGAGACAAUAGAAGCAGCAACAUCUAAUUCUCCUAAAACCAAAGAUGCCAAGUUUAUUGCUAGAUGCAAAACCAGGCUUGUAGAUUUCACUCUCUCUAAGGCUCUCUGUAAUCAGGAUGAAAAUGAAGCCCUUGGAAAUUCGACCACAGGUCUUAAGAAGUGGAAGAGAUUGGUUGCAUGUGUCAUGCUAAUCUUAUUGAUCGUGGGACUUGGGCUUUAUUGUAGAAAUACAUUUGGAUCGUCUCAGGGAGAAUUGGACCUCGAAGAGCUGUUAUUAUUUCCUUACUGAUGUACUAAUAUUUGUAAACAUUGCAUUAUAUUAUAUUCAUAUGCGUUUAAAUGCAUAUAUCAAAUAAAAGAAUAAAAUUAUACAUAGA